AUGACAGAAAGAGACGGAAUGACUCCAUGGGUUAUUUUUUCUUUAUUGGUUACGGCAUGUUUCUGUAGUCCUUGUUUAUCCAUAUUUGGAGGAAUGAAAAAUUCUGGGGUUAGACAAGCAUGGCGCGAAAAAGUUGCUUUAUGUUUUAUCAUUCUAUGCAUUUCAGCAUUCACGGGAUUCUUGACCUUUGGUUUUUCAACUAUUACUUGCACUAGAAGACAUCUUUUAUUUCCAGAUGAAAUUCUACAAACAUAUGGUCCUCAAGUACCUGGUAUGAAAGUAAAUAUUGUUCGUGGAAAGCUUUAUAAUACAAGUGAUUAUUUUUCAAGAGGUUUGCAUCCACCUGUUGACCCAGCCAUUAUUACACCACUAUAUGGAAAUGAUAUUUCGGGUUUCUUUCCUCCAGAUAAUAAAGUUUCGGGAUGUAAAUUUUCGCCAAAGAAUAAUGGAUCAAUUUGCACUCAAUAUCAUUGUCAUACUUCACCUGCCUCAUUUGAGGCUUUACAAUCUCUUAAUUUAAAUUUGGUUGUAGGUUACACUUGGGAUAAUGUUACCAAUGGUACAAAUAAAAUGUUUGUGUUUAAUGGAAAAGUUUAUGACAUCACGAAUUAUCUUAAAUUAUCUGCUAGUGAUCGAUGGCUCGGAGGCGCAAAUGUUACUGAAUGGCUAACCAGUCUUGUAGGUAGAGAUGCUACAAAGGAUAUUGCAAGUACUAUCGAAUCAAAAGAUAUAGUGAAAUGUUUCAAUUAUUUUUUGAUUGGACAAAUUGAGGGUUCAACUUUUGAAUGUAUUAUUAACAAUUUAGUCCUUAUUAUAAUGACGACUGUAUUCACUGGAAUUAUGCUCUCCAAGUUUUUCUUAGCUGCAAUCUUUAAUUGGAUUUUAUCAUGGAAAUUAGGUAAAAUUUCAAAAAGACAAAGAAGUUAUGAUAAAAUUUCUCACAUUAUAUUAUUAGUGACAUGCUACAACGAAGGUGAAAAUUCAAUACGUACUACACUUGAUUCAUUAGCUAAAACAGAUUAUUCUGUAAAACAUAAAUUAUUAUUUGUAAUUGCUGAUGGAAACAUCACUGGUUUAGGGAAUAAUAGACCCACUCCACAAAUAAUCCAAAAAUUAAUGAGACCUUAUCGUUCUAAUGAACCAGAACAACCUAAAUCGUAUUUUGCAAUUGGUGAUGGAUUGAAGCAACAUAAUAUGGCGAAAGUUAAAAUAGGUUAUUACGAAGUUGAUGAUCAUCGAGUUCCAAUGGUUUUUAUUAAUAAAGUUGGUACACAAAAGGAAAGAGAAAGAUCCAAAACCGCCGGUAAUCGUGGAAAACGAGAUUCUCAACUUAUAUUGAUGAAAUGGCUUAGUCACAUUUGUUAUGAUGAUAAUAUGAGCCCUUUAGAAUUUGAAUUAUUUGUAAAAGUUUAUAAAUUAACUAAAGUUACGCCUGAUAAAUACGAAUUGGUUCUAAUGGUGGAUUCAGAUACACGUGUUGACCCUGAUAGUGUUAGUCGAAUGGUAUCUGCUAUGGAGCGUGAUCCUGAAGUUAUGGGACUUUGUGGCGAAACAAAGAUAGCAAAUAAAACAAAAAAUUGGGUAACAAAGAUUCAAUCAUUUGAAUCAAUCUUUGGAGGUGUGACUUGUUUACCAGGUUGUUUUUGUAUGUAUCGUAUUAAAGUAAAAGCACCUAAAGAUAAGAAAUUCAUGGCACCAAUUCUUGCCAACCCAGAAAUCAUUUCGGCGUAUUCUUCAAAUACUAUGGAAACUUUACAUCAAAAAAAUCUUUUGCUCCUUGGAGAAGAUCGUUAUCUCACCACAUUAAUGUUACGAAAAUUUCCAACACUUAAAAUGAUUUAUGUUCCUAAAGCUAUUUGUAGGACGGAAGUACCUGAAAAGUUUAGAGAUUUAUUAACUCAACGUCGCCGAUGGAUUAACUCAACUAUACAUAAUUUGAUGGAACUGAUUUUGGUUCCUCAACUUUGUGGAAAAUCUGUAUCAUUACCUUUAUUAUUGAUUGCUGUGACUUAUUUCUUGCAAAUAUUUUUGGUAGCCUUUACAAAAUUUAAACUAACUUAUGUGAAGUGGAUGAUAAUUUUCAUAAUUGCCACACCAAUAUGGAACUUCGUAUUACCUUUAUACGCGUUUUGGCGUUUUGAUGAUAUUUCAUGGGGCAGUGGUGGUGAUACUGAUGGACAUGACAAUAGUAAUGAAAGGAAUGAAGGGAAAUUUGAUCCUAAAGUUAUUCCCGUGAAAAAAUGGAUUGAAUGGAAAAAUUUAUUACAUUAG